CGGCUGUUAACAGCGCCGUGCAGGUUAUGUAAAAUAAAAAGUAGAUUUUUAGAGUUCAAUUAAAGAACCAAAGAAUUGAAAGAAACCUCUGUUAAUAUCUAGCCAUGGUCUUCCUGAAUCUGCCACUCUUGGUGCGAGCCCGCGGUCCGGAUGAAUUCUGGCGGAAGAGGCGCAUCUUUAAACUGGCAGCGCACUACAGGAGUCGCACCCGCAAUGUCUACUCCCUCGCUAUAAGGAGUGUCCACAGGGCACUGGCCUACGCCACCAAGGGACGUAAGCUGAAGAAGCUGGACAUGGCGCAACUGUGGAGCACACGCGUUGAGGCGGGCUGCCAGCAGUAUGGAGUGGGUCUGGAAACCUUCAAGGAGGGCCUGGCGCGCUCUGAUAUCCUGCUCAACAAGAAAGUCCUCUCGGACCUGGCCAUUUGGGAGCCGCGUUCCUUCGAGGCUCUGGUCAAGAUCUCUCGGGAACGGGCCGCCGUCGAGGGCAUGCCGGACAUCAAGCGGAGGUCGGCCUUCAACCAGGUCUACGGCCUGAGCAAUUUAAAGUUGGAUUAACUUAGCCUUAAGUAGGAGUUCAAAUAUAGAUUUUUGUAUAUUUUACCGAAUAA